GACCGCAGCGAUCGAAUUACGUCAGAUACACAUGAUGUCAUAUCCUGUUACACGAAGCAGCGCUGCUGACGCCAAAGUCUGCGGGAACAAACAAAGAGCCAGGCGUGUGGAAGUGUAUCAUCGAGUCAGCAUUUUUAAUUAAAAGCCUGACUGCUUCUAACAAACCUUUAAAAAUGAUAGAUUCGUUCUCAGUUACAUAGGCGUUUUUCUAAUAUCUGAUGCUAAAUAUUAAGAUUAUAAACUCGUUACUUUCGGGCAUCAGCUUUUAUUUUGAAAUCUAGUCAUUUCGCUUAGUUCUUUGAGGAUUUUCUCCUGAAUCUGUCAGAGAUACACAGCGGUACCGCGCAGUAUCGGUGCUGUUAUUUAGCCCGGUUUUCAGUUUCUUUUAUCGAUGGAGGCUCAGGAUUCCUGAAGGGGAUUUUUCAGAGUGAACUACCCCAGCAUGUCGGCCGAGGAGGAGGAGAGGGGGGUAGUUCGAGUCAAAGUCAAGAAUAAGGUUAUGGUGAAUCACGGACAUUUUCCAGUAUCUCUGAUUAAGCUGAAGCAACGUCUGGCAAACUAGUAUGGACGUGAUCACUGGUGGGGAUUUUCAGGGAGACCAUUUUUGCUCUAAAGGAUACAAAAUGUAUCCUUUGUUUGAUUAAGGAUACAUUUUCAAGGAAAAGUGUGUAAUUUUAGACCAUUUUGCAAAUUGCAAUGAAAUUGUCUUGUUUGAUUCUAUGCAUUAUGCACUGUAUAGCACACUAUUUUCAGGGUGCGUUAUUUUGUAAUGGUGUCUAAAAACAUAUCUAAGCAAACAGAACAUGGGGAUUGUGUUAUUGCAUAUAACAUCUCAGCUGUCAAUUGGUUGCAGGCUUGAGGAUUUUGAAACUGCAGGCCAUAAAUUGUCCAAAUUAUAUUCCUCCCUUUCACAGUUUUUCUAAGGUAUCUCUGAAAUUAUAUUAUUAUUUUAGGUCUAGACAAUCGUGAAAAUAUUAUGCACUGCACCAUUUACAGCGUCAGCAGUAAAUGCCUUGAUGACUGAGGAUAACUUGGUUGAUGACUGUUCAGUGAUUGAAGUGUGAGGGAUUGCAGCCAGUGGAAUUCCGCUCUUUUGCCGUUGAUCCACAGAUCACAUCACUGGAGGUGUUGCAGCACAUCCUGAUACGAGCCUUUGAGCUUAACGGAAGGCGUAAUUUUGGCAUUAGUUACCUGUCCCGUGAUCGCAUGGGUGCAGAGGUUUAUCUUUCCCUCCUGUCUGAUUGGGAUUUAGACGCAGCUUUUGUCAGUGCAGCUAAGCCUUACCUCCAGCUUAAGAUGGACAUCAAACCUUCAGAAGACAGUCCAGUGCUUGAGGACUGGGACAUCAUAAGCCCAAAAGAUGUGAUUGGUUCAGAUCAGCUACAGGGGGAGAAGAGGUCACUGACGUCCACGGCUCUUCCCUUCACCCAGUCCCUGCUGUCCCAGGUUACUGAUGAUGUUCUUCACCCAGUCAGCCAGCUGUUUUACCAGCCAGUCUCUGCUGCGUUCAGUCAGAUGGGUCGGACAUUGUCUAAGGUACAGCAGGCAUUAAGCUGGUCGUAUGGGGAGGAGGUUAAGCCAUUCAAGCCUCCAUUGAGUGACGCAGAAUUUCACAGUUACUUGAACAGCCAGGGUCAGCUGACACGGCCAGAGGAGCUGCGGCUCCGCAUUUAUCAUGGAGGGGUUGAGCCAUCCCUGCGAAAGGUAGUGUGGCGUUACCUUUUAAAUGUGUACCCAGAUGGCCUGACAGGGCAGGAGAGGAUGGACUACAUGAAGAGAAAAACAAGAGAAUAUGACCAGCUGAAAAGUGAGUGGACAUCCAGGGUGAGUCCAGAGGAUCUGGAGUUCAUUAGAGGAAAUGUUCUGAAGGAUGUGCUUCGAACAGACCGAGCCCAUCCGUACUAUGCCGGCUCAGAGGACAGUCCCCACUUGACUGCACUGACUGACCUCCUCACCACUUUCGCCAUCACACACCCGCAGGUGUCUUAUUGUCAAGGUAUGAGCGAUAUUGCCUCUCCGAUCCUUGCUGUGAUGGACAAUGAAGCACACGCCUUUAUUUGCUUCUGUGGUAUCAUGAAGCGUCUAGAAGGCAACUUCCGCCCUGAUGGCCAACUAAUGUCUAUUAAAUUCCAGCACCUUAAGUUGCUCUUGCAAUACUCAGAUCCUGAAUUUUACACCUACCUGGUCUCCAAAGGUGCUGAUGACCUCUUUUUUUGUUACCGCUGGCUGCUUCUUGAACUAAAGCGGGAGUUUGCUUUUGACGAUGCACUGAGGAUGUUGGAGGUGACCUGGAGCUCGCUGCCUCCAGACCCACCUGAGACCGAGGUUGAGCUUCUUGGGUUACCGCUUGAAGCAGACGAGUCCCCGAGUCAUGACAGCAGCUGUCUGAAUGAAAAGCUAGAGAAAGAACAGAUGGAGCAGCGGCGGCGACACAUGUUGAGGCCGUCUCGAGAAGAGGCAGACGGGGGACGCAGUCUCAGCUUAGAGGCAGAGAGAAAGGACGAGAAGCCAUCUGGUGGAGAGGACAAAGGGUUUUAUGGUGUGGAUUGUGCAGUGAAAACUGAAGGCCCUGCUCCAGCACCUCCUUUUGAGAAGCAGUCCAGUUUUGGAGAAUUUAAGUAUUACAGUGCACGAAAUGAGGACAGUUUUGAAGCUAACGACAAUGAAUCGUCUGAUCCUAUGUUAUCUUCAGUGAAGUUUCAGUCCACACGUUCAUUACCUCUCACAGUCCGUCAGUCCACAGAGGACAGUGAGGAUGAUCCUGGUGAGAGGCAGCCUUUGAUAAGUGGGAAUGACAAACUUUCUUCUCCUCAGACUGAGGAGAAAAACUGUUCCAGUGGGCAAACAGUUUCUCCCCUUCCUCCAAGUUUACUGAACUGGAAAAAUGGCUCUCAGUUUUCUGCAACAUCUCCUUCAAUGUCCAGCUGGAGAGCAGUGUGUACUGAUGUUCCCGGAUCAAAGUCGGUCUCCUCUUCAUUUAUCGUGGGUAGUGCUAUAUCCCCUGAUAAGGCUUUGGGGAGAUUUGUGUCUUCAGCUGCUGUGUCUAAUGGAACUGGAGUGCACUCGCCAUCAACCCCAACAGGGAAGUCUGCACUUUCUUCUCCAUCCCUGGGCAAUAAUCGCUCACUGCUGUCUUCCCCUGUUUUAUCCUUUGCUAAAUCUCCAUCACUACCCAAACCAUUCUCCAGCAACCUUUCAUCCCCGUGCAAAGUUUCAGGAACUGGUGCAAACACUCCAACUACAGGCAAACCUGACACUAGUGGUAUUAAACCCUGUUCCCUUCCUCCUCCUCAAGAGUUUGGGAAGGGUAAUCCUUUCAUGCUGUUCUUGUGCCUCUCCAUCCUGUUGGAGCAUCGUGACCAUAUCAUUAAAAAUAGUUUGGAUUAUAAUGAGCUGGCCAUGCAUUUUGAUCGCUUGGUCCGCAAGCACAACCUUGGUCGUAUUCUUCAGCGUGCCAAGGCCCUGUUUGCUGAUUACCUACAGAGUGAGGUGUGGGACUCGGAGGAAGGUGAUGAGGUCAGCAUGGACUCACCAACCACAGCUGCGUCCUCGCCACAAACACUCCCCAAAACCAGUUUUUCUAACCUGCAGUCCACAACAGCCUCCUCCCCAAACUCUACCUAUAAUCUGGCCUCUACAAUCCCUUCCCCUACAACCCCCAAUGAUCUCUCUCCCCCAUCUUCCUGAUGAAUUUUAUCUGAACAAGUUUCAUCCCCAAGAGAAGGCAAGUCAUAGUCUAUUCUAGUGUUCAUAAUAAGCUUUACCGGAUUUUGUUUACGUGGCAAACCAAAGCUGGACAAACGCUUCUUUUCCUAAUCAUUUUGCUAGUGUUAGAUUUUUUGCACAGUAUGCUUAUUUUUCCUGUGUGGCCAUGGCCUUUCAGAUUUUUUUCUACACUUUUGCAUGCCACUUAUUGUACUGUAUGUUACUUCUUGCACUUUAUUCUUUGUCCAGUUUGUGCUUCAACUAUGUAAAUAAAAUCCCAGAAAACAGCAUGAACAUUUGACAGCAAUGCUGGAUUGACAUUUACAAACCUGUAGACUGUUGCCCUGGUCCAAAUAAUCGUCACUAUUGUACAGGUAAAUAAUCCAGUUAUUCAGGCCUAGAGUUACUCUGUUCAGAUUGAUUAGAUUGCAUUUCCUGUUUGAGUCAAAUGUCUUCUUUGAUAUCAGCUGGCACUCUCCAGUUUUGGUUAACUGAUGAUGAAUAAGUCUGGUUGGAAUGCAUAAAUGAUCACACUUAUUGCUCUGAUAAGCCGGAAAACUUUACUUGAUCUGAAUCAUUAAGAAUAUUUUUACAUGUGAUGUAUUUGUAUUUGCCUGUGGUUGUUCUAUACAGCAAGACCACAGGCAGGUGUCUCAACAGAAGACUACUGUAUAAUUUAUUAUUCACCACUAUUGUCCUAAGUGUACAGCUCAAGUAGUAAUAUUAUCCAAAAAUGUCUGAUGAACCAGUUUUGCCCACUCUUGUUUAAAAGUGCCUCAUUUCCUUGAACAGUUGUUUUUAAUUUAUUGAAUUAAAUGAAUUUAGUGGAAUAUAAAAAGUCUACAUCUAAUCUCUGUUAAAAAAAAUGCAGAUUUUUGUGAUGUAAAAAAUGAAAACAAGAUAAAUUGUGUUGCAUUUUCCACUUUUAAUGUGAUAUAGCAACCAAGAAAGUUCAAAUGAAAAACAAAUAGAACCUUUUUAGGGGGGGAAAGAAAAAAAAACUUUGCAUAAGUGUCCCCUUAACUAAUGCUUUUUAAAACACCCUUUGCUUGUAAUACAGCACUAAGAGUCUACCAACUUAGCACAUCUCCAUUUGGCCAUUUUAUUUCACUCAUCUUUGCGAAAUUGCUCCAGAUCUAUCAGAUUGCGAGGAGAUCUGUAGUGCAUAGCCCUCCCUGUUCAAGUCAUUCCACAGGGUUUUGACGAGAUUUAGGUCUGGGCUCUGACUGGGCCAUUACAAAACAUUGAUCAUCUUCUGAAGCCAUUCCUUUAUUGACUUGGAUUUGUGCUUUGGGUUGUUAACAUGCUGGAAGGUGAAUUGUUUUUUUCCCUUCAUCUUCAGCUGUCUAAUGGAGGCCGGUUUUGUGCUGGUAUAUUGGAUUGGCGUUUGGAGCUAUCCAUGAUUCUCUCUAUUUUGACUAGAACCCUGGUCUCGGCCAAAAAGAAACAGCCCAAUAGUAUGAUGCUGCCACCAGCAUGCUUCACCAUUACAAUGGUGUUCUUUGAGUGAUGAACUGUCUUGUUUUGGCAGCCAACAUUUCUUUUAGUAUUAUGCCCCCAAAAGGUUCUAUCAUGGUCUCAUCAGACCAUAACAUACUUUGCCACAUAGUUUGGGGUGAUUGUGUGUAUGUUUUGGCAAAAUUUAUGUAUGCUUGUAUUUAUUUAUUUUUGUGAGAAUGAACAUCCCAGAUAUGUGAAUACUAGAGAUUGAUGUAACAUGCAGGGAGUGACCAGUACAUAUUCUGGCAAGUCCAGAUAUUCCUUCAGCAUCUGUUAUUGUUACAGUAGGUCUCUUGGCAGCCCCCCUGAUAUGUUUUUGUCUUGUCCUUUCAUCAAUUUUGGUCCCCUGUUUUCCAUGGUACAUCUAAUACUUUGGCAAUUCUUUUUUAGCACUCUAAUGAUCGAUACCUUUCAACAAUGAGAUUCUGUAUAGCUUUAUAAUCUCUUUAGAGACCAUGGCUUCAGCAGUCAGAUGAACCAAGGAAAUGUCAAGAAAAUUCUACAAAAACAGAUGGUGUUUAUUUGGGAUUAAUCAGAAUCACUUCAUUGAUGACAGCUGUAUGAUUAUUACUUUCAAACAUGGGUUUGGAUGUGACUGGAUGUGAUUGGUCAAUUCUGAGCACAGGUAUAUAAAAGGGUGUGUACAUUUAUGUAACCAGGCUAUUACUUUUUUCCCUUAAAACCUAUUUUUAUUUAUCUUGGUUUCAUUUUACAUCACAAAACCUGCCAUUUUAACAGAGGUGUAUAGAAUUUUUAUAUCUUUAGUUUUCACAGAAUGCACAGUAAGUACAUCCUCAUAUUUUAUCAUUCCUCAUAUUGAAUUUGGAAUUCCAUACAUGUCUUAACACCAAGUGUUGUUUUUAUUUUCCAUUCUUCUUUUAGAAGUGCUAAAAUCCUUUACAGACAUGGGCCAAAGGUAUUUUCUUUGAAAAGGCAAUCAUUGUGGGCCUUCUGUGUGUGUGUGUGUGUUUUUUUUUUUUUUUUUAAAGCUUUAUUGAACAUUACAUUAUUCCCAUUGAGAGGUUUGCUGGACGGAAUGCUAGCAUUACCUGUAUUUAUACAAUAAAUUCAUCCAAGAACAA